CGCCAUAACCAGUUGGGAAGAGCUACCACAACACACACAAACAGAGAAAAAAAUGGAGCUAGUGUUGAUACCUGUGGCGUUUCUUGCGUUUGCGAUUUUAAGCAUCGAGGGAGCCGACAUCGUGACGCCGUUGAGGAUCGGGGCGUGGAAUGCCCAGCGCCUCGGGAAAACCAAGAUGAGCAAGCCUGCAGUGGUUUCCAUCAUGGUUCAGGUACUUCGCAGGUACGAUGUGGUAGCGGUGCUGGAGGUGCAAGACGUCUCAGAAGAAACACCAAAACUCCUUCUAAGUGCUCUCAACGAAGGACUGACCGACACCUACAACCUCUCGCUGUCCAGACGGGUAGGAAGGAGAACGUACAAGGAGCAGUACGCCAUCUACUACAAGCCCUCAAGAGCUACCCUGGUGUCCGCCCAACAGUACUCCGACCCAGUUGACGCCUUUGAGUACGACCCCUACGUGCUGGUGUUUGAGGAUUCGAAUCAGCUGCGGUUCGGAACUGUCUCCAUCCACACCAAACCGGACAACGCGGCACAGGAGAUUGAUGCGUUGGUGGACGUGUAUGAGAAUUUGAGGUUGCAUCUGCUGGGCGCUGGCGACGUGAUAAUCCUGGGUGACUUCAACGCAGGCUGCAACUACGUGACGAACAGCGAAUGGGCCAACGUCCGGCUUCGACAAGAUUCGCGCUUCAGCUGGCUCAUCUCCGAUCACGUCGACACAACAGUCAGGGGCACAGCUUGUCCCUAUGACAGGAUCGUGGUAUCAGGAGCCAACCUAACUAGUGCCGUAUACUCGGGCUCCGCUAAAGCUUACUACUUCGAAGAGGAACUCGGACUCAAAGACCAUGCGUUGAUUGAUGACGUGAGCGACCACUACCCCGUGGAAGUCCGCCUGCGAGGUGCUGUGGCCCCCGAGGUGUUGGCAAAGGUGACUUCGAACGUCGCUAUUGAUGUCAGUUUUGAAGCCACACAGGAAGGCCUCACGAGCAACACGGAAUGCGGGAAUGCUGAAGUCUGCAUCGAUACUCCAGACCACGUGCUCAUGCGUUGGCGAGUACACAACAUAAAUGACGCGAAAGGUUUAAUUACAGUCUUCGCUUCCAAUAACAGGCUUCUUGUGCCUUCUGAGGCAGUGUCCGUGUUAUUCUACAAGUUAGAGGAAGGAGCACUGACAGACUCGACUUUAUACGGCGCCGACCACACCCCUUCCGUGUACACGAUCGCCUUGUUGUGCUUACCACCAUCCUGCUCGCUCUCUAUCAGCGCCCCGACCCUUGUCAACUGAAAGAAGUGCUUGCCAGUUGACGACGAUGCACAGAAAAAAGAGGAGUCGUUGAAUUUUAUAAAGGAUGAAUACGAAUAUCAUAUGAGGACCUGUACACAGCACUGAUAUCUUCACUCAUGAGAUCCUUCGACAGUACCCUUCACUCCCCAAUGGACUUUUCGUAAACAAGACUGCUAAGAACAGGAAAGUGUCUGGUGAUGUCUUUUGACGAAUCCCUCUCGAAGGUUAGAGUAGAAAUGAGUAAAACACCAUACACAUUGUGAUGUCUUUAAUGGAUAUCCAUCCUAGAGUGAUACGUAAGUUCAUAUGUAAUUAACCACCACAACAGGGACGUUUCAGGCCUCGCUGUCUGUGUCCUAAUCGUGUAUUCUUCUAUUCGAUAUUAAUAACACAGUAUUACAGUUUGAUUCAAUUAAUAAUGUCUUUUUAAUGGAAUUAGAAUCAUUAUUCCUAUUCCCAUAAUUUUAGUAUUGUAUAACAGUAACCAUAAUUGGGCAUUUUUAAAGAUUCUAAAUAAAUAAAACAUUGGCUUUUAAUGUUUACCCUGAAUUAAAAGACGUGCUCUGUGCUUUGGAAGAAAAUGGCGGUGAGAUAAGCACGGAUACUAUUGUACAUACAGUGUAUUAACUAUUAAUGCGUUAAUGCAGCAUAUAUUACCUACAGUGUAUAAACUAUUAAUGCGUUAAUGUAACAUAUAUUACCUACAGUGUAUUAACUGUUAAAUCAAAUACUUGAAUUAUUUUUCUGACUUAACAAUCAGGUCCAUAUGUGGAUUUACUAAAUCAAUAAACUGCUAAACGAAGUAAGCCCAUGAAUCAUCAAACAAAUAGAAAAGUAAAUAUUGCUAUAUAAACUACCGGACUGAAUAAAGUGAAUAGUAAGAGAAUAGAGAAAUUUGACAAAUGCGUAAAAUACUUCUUAUGAAACACCGGAUUAUAUUUAUUGGUAAGCUAUGGGAUAAAUUGUAAUCGAAUGAAUAUAUAAGGAAUUAUCAAAUUAAUAAACUCAGAUAGAUCAUAAAAAACUAAUGUAUAAUCUAAUCAAAUCAUGGACACCAAAUAUAAAUAGGUUACUAUAUGGAUAAGUAUACAAAUAAGCAAAAUAUUGUGUAGAUAGAUCGAUUGAUAAAUAAAAGUAGAAAAGGUACGAAUGGAAAUGAAUAUUUUUACAGAUGUUU